GCUGAAGUCCUGCGUCGAGGUAGUACGUGUGUCUCACUCCUCCCCAGCCUCCACGCUCGCCUCCCUUACACACCUGCACAACACACAUAUGACCCGACAGUGUUGAGACUAACGCGAGAGAUAUAACUGGUGCACCGACAGUCACAGUGAAGUGCUGAACAUAAGUUACCCAGUGUGUCGUAGUUGUUGACUCAUAUUUAUUCUUGAGGAAAAAACUUGUGAACAGAAAAAUGGCCAAAAUAGAAAAACCAGUGAGAGCGCAGGAGGGUGAGAACGAUGUGGUGGACGACAAUAAUAACAAUAACAACAAAGAACAAAAUGAUGUUCAGAAUAACAAGACACCGGGGACUUCCGGCCUCAAGUACCAACUCCGCCCGCGAUCUGUUCACCCGCGGCGUCGCUGUGACAGCGAGUGGAGCAUCCAGGAUACACUGCGGCACAAGCAACGGCCGCCUCCACUGUCUAGGUACCGCAGGAAGACAGCUAACGCUCGGGAAAGAUACCGCAUGCGGCAGAUCAACACGGCCUUCGAGAGCCUGCGUGGUGUGUUACCGUCGUGGGUGUGUAGUCGGCGCGCCGCCUCAGAGAUGACGAAGAUCACCACGCUGAGGCUGGCUUCUGCCUACAUCAGGUCCCUGCAAGACAUCCUUGACGGUAACGCCCACCAGGACACUUGUUCUUGGGUACUCUCUAGCAUCCUGCAGGACGCCUCCAACCUUCAGGAGCCUCAACCAGACCUCUGCCCUGGAAGCCCCACCAAGACUCAUCAGUCUAUCGCUCACACGUCACCAGACUCUGAUUUUGUGUCUUUCUUGUGUACUUCCUCAGACUCUGGCGUCUUCCAGGACAGUAUGGAGUCCCUCUCCUACCUGUCACCCAUGUCAGAGACGGAGGCUGUGGCACUGCUGCUGGGGACUGAUCCUCAGUCACGAUCAUGGACUGAGGGUCACCACUCCCCGCUGGUGUCGUGAUCCCUUACGAAGUAGACCAUGGCACUCCUGCUAGGGACUGAACAUGGGCCGAGUUCACCACUGAUGUUGUGAUGCCCUAGACCUAAGACCGCGACCAUCCUACCCAAGUGGUAGGUUGACCAUCACCAAUACUCGCUGGUGUAGUGUAUCAUGCGACGCAGGUCCGGGGCACUCCUGCUGCUGACUAAACCUCCUUCUGGACGUUAGGCCGCUGGUCACUACUCCUGCUGGUGUGCAGACGAAGGGCGGAUCUCUCCGUCUAUAAAGUGACAUGUGAUAAUACAGAUGAACUAUUUUUAAAAUAGAUAAUAUUUCGCAUAAGUGAAACUCUCGUUAAUAAUUGGUGGGGGAGUGUGUGGUGUUGACACUGCCCGGGCUCGUGAACCUAUCGAGAAUGACUUAAGGAAAGAUAGUCAAUAGAAAGUGCAAAAUAUAAUUAUAUAUUCAUAUAUAUAUAUAUACAUAUAUAAAGAGUAGCUAUCAUAAGAUUAGCGUUAGCUGUUUCUUCUAUGAGUAGAAUUUUUCUUAAAAAAAAAUCUUUGUACAGUACAUUGACCUGGGCGUCAAGUGUUCAUCUCAGAUCACCUGUUAAGCCAACCAGUGCCAUCAAUAGUGAUAUUACCACUUGUUCAACACAAGUGAUGAACGCUGAGACAUAAAUCACAGUAAACGAUAACUUAUGAAUAAGUGAUACGUGAUAAUUCAAGACAAAUGAUGACGUCUAUUACUAUUGAGUUUAAUUUAAAUGAUCUGUUAUCAAGAUUCACUACAUCGCACGAUACUGCGGGUCGACAUAGCAUGUUUCCCCAUCACUGAUUCCCUAAGAGCUUGACAAUUGACCAUCAUUAAGUUGAUCUUAAUAUGAUCCCAGCUGGUGUUUUAACUACCUGUGUAAGUUUUGAUCCCAAAUGGAGUAUUCUGACCUAGCUGGUGUAUUGUCCACACCCUACACACACACACACACACACACACACACACACACACACACACACACACACACACAUACCCUGGGUUUGUGUUUACACCCGCAGUAUAAGUGUACAUUCUGUAUAUCUGUGUAGCUGUAGGAAUAAUUACUUAAAAUACUCUUCCAAGGUUGUCCUAUCGAGCGAAUCUGUUAUCAGUUUUCCUCGUCGAGCUAAGCUAUUGUUAGUUACCUAUCAUGUAAGCCCACUGUUAGUUAACCUGCCGAGUAAACCCACUGUAACUUUAUCUGCUAUGUAAAUCUACCUGUAAGUUUACCUACGGAGCGUCUAAUUGUUAGUUAACGCACUGAACAAAUCCCCCGCAAGCUUAUAUACGGAGCGAAUCUACCACUAAUUUGCAUACGGUGAAGAUCUACCAUGAGUUUACAUACGGUGAAUAUCUACCACUAAUUUGCAUACAGAGCAAAUUCACUGCUAGAUUACAUACGAUGCAUAUCUAACACUACUCUAUCUGCCUUGCAAAUCUUCCUUGAGCCUUCAGUACCUAAGCUUCCCAUAUCUCCUUCAGCACCUUUAAAUUUCUCCAAGUAAUAGCGUUCCUCAUAAGACAACUCCAGACAGGAACAUUCUAUUUUAUUCAACUUUAAACCAUAAAUGAAGAGUAUUAUGAAAAAUAGAGUAGUAUUAUUUAGACAAUUUUUAAGGAUUUUGAUUCGGUAAAUAUGUAAAUUGAAUAGUAAUUUAUUAUUAAAAGGUUUGAAUUUUAUUUAAUGAGAUUCCGUGAAAAAUGUCUCCUUAAAAAUGUAAUAAUUCGUUUCAUUUUAGUUAUUAAUACAAUGAUAGGAUUAAUGAUAAGAAUUUAAUUGAGAAAUAAUGAGGAAUAGUGGAGAUUUAUCGACCCAAAAAAUCUCUCGGAAAUAAGAGAUACUAUAAUUUUUGAGACUACCGUCGAGAGAUGUAGCCAGGAUUGGGAGAUAGUAGAGCUUACUUAGAGAUAUUACCUGUAACACCGAGAGAUAUACUAUGACUUAAGAGACGUGUUAGCAUGAGCGAGAGAUAACAUGACAGAAAGACACACUAUAGCCUGACCGUAAGACAAUGAAAGACACACUAUAGCCUGACCGUAAGACAAUAAAAGACACACUAUAGCCUGACCGUAAGACAAUAAAAGACACACUAUAGCCUGACUGUAAGACAAUAAAAGACACACUAUAGCCUGACCGUAAGACAAUAAGAGACACACUAUAGCCUGACCGUAAGACAAUAAAAGACACACUAUAGCCUGACCGUAAGACA